AUGAAUAGAGAAGAGCUUCCUCAGUCGCCACAGUUGGUGGACGACGCGCACGGGAAGCAGUUAACCGGCGCUAAUGUGCGGGGCCCUGCUCAACCUUUGGGCUCGCGAGCAUACGCGCUACCCGUCGAACUUUUGGCCUAUGUCUUCCUGCUCGGAUACGACCACGGGUUCGAUCCGCACCGGCCAUUCAAGCGUCGCGAGCUAGAGCCCGAUAGCAAUUGGGAGGUCGUCGUAUCGCAUGUUUGCAGCCAUUGGCGCAGUGUUGCGCUCGACACCCCUCAGCUGUGGACCGAUAUCCGCCUGCGCAAACUCAAUCAUCUCGAGCGCGGUGCCGAAUUCGUCAAACGUUCCCGCAAAGCGCCACUUGAUAUCCUUGUUGAUACCGUCUCCCCCGAAGAGUACGAUGAAGCCGAACCCGGCUCUCUGCUCGGCAUCAAGGAGUUCGAUACGGCUUUCAAGGUCGCGAUAGAUCACACCGAGCGCUGGCGCUCACUCAUCGUCAAGGUCUGCGACCUACCCUGCAAGGGUCGCGCACGAGCCAAUCUGCGCGAUUGUCCCCCGAUACCCAAACUGGAGACGCUGCAGCUCUGGCAUGUGCAGCAGUGGGAGGACACCAACAAUAUGCUCAACGCUACGGUCAUACCGCCCAUACCUAUCUUGAACGACUAUGUGCCUAGCCUCCUCAACGCAUCUCUCGUCGGCGUCAACCUCGCGUACGACAAGACAUCCUAUCUGAAGGGCCUUCGCCAGCUCGAGCUGGCGCUUCACAGUCACAACUGCCGACCCACGAGCGCCGAAUUCGAGGGGAUCCUUCGCGACUGCCCUGAGCUUGAGCGCCUCAGCUUGCAUUACUCAGGCCCUCAAGUCGAUCAGACGCACGAAGGCGGGCAAGUCCGGCUUGAGCGUCUACGGGAGCUUUCUCUCGUGAACAUGGAUUUGGAAGUGCUGCAGCAUGUCGUACGACGCGUGGCCAUGCCGAACUUGCUAUCGCUCGAGCUUGACCUCCCGGAGAUGCCAGACGCCGGGGGGCUUGACUUUACGCCCGUUGUCGACUACCUCGCGAUGGCAACCGCACCCGCGUUCCCUUCGCUCGAGCACCUCUCCGUGAACGCCCUCGCGUGCUCCAAGGAGAGUUGGACAAGCUGGUUGCCCACUCUUCCUCACCUCAAGACGCUCGAACUCGACUUUUCCGAGGGCCGUCUGCCGCACGGUUUCUUCGACCCUCUAUGCGCGCCUGCCGAGAGCGUUCCCAUGCCCUCGGCCCCGGCCCCUGCUCCGGCCGGCUCUCCCCCACCCCUUUCGCCCGGGUCCGGCUCGCCACCGCGUUCGGUCUCCCCAUCGAGCCCCGCAGGCAUGUCCUCGAUGAACCCAUCUCCGGUUCUCCCGAACGUACCCACGCCGCAGGCGCUUUUGCCAAAUCUAGAAGAACUCAAGACCAAGGGCCUCGAGUCGUCUCAUUUGAUUCGCUUUGCUGCGUUCAGACGAUCGGCGGACGUGUGUGUUCCGAAGUUCUUGGUGCAUAUCAAGAGUGUAGAUCCGGAUACGGACGCGCUUGAGGCCAGUCAUGAGGUCAAAUACUUCGGGCUGGAAGAUGUUGUCGACGAAGAGGAAGAGGAGGAAUAUUCGGAGGAAGAGGGCGAGGACGAAGGUGGACAAGCGGGUGGAGAGGAUGAAGAUGCGGAGUACAGCGACGAUGAUGCGGGCCAUGCGCCCGCGGACUCGCAGAGUGGCUCACCGGUGGUAGUCAUGGACAGCGCAAUCUACAAACUCGGUCCCCCGCUGCGUUUGUGA